AUUGUAAAACUUUUGGAAUUACACAGAAAUGACUGUGGAACAGACAGCCCUGUCUGUUAGGACAGGACAGGUAAUAUUUUUCGUUGUAUACAAAAAUACUAUGUUUAUUUUUCGCAUCACAUAUUAUUAUAUGCAUUUUGAAAUUUAGAUGAAGAAUGUUUGUUUAACUUGUGUAUCAUCGAGCAAACACCGGCUACUGGAAUAUCUGAACUUUCAAUAAGAAAAAUAUUAUAUUAUUACUAAUUAUAAAUCUGUUAUUUAAUUAUUUUGAUCGGAAUCAUUGAAUCAUCAUUCAGUGUCGUAUGAUCAAGUCAAGGGAGUUGGCCUUGUGGAUAGCACCUCUUUUUGUUUGAUUUUAUGAUUAUAAUUGAUUUUCUUUAUACUUGAUUCUAAUACUAAAUAAUAAAUAGUUAAAAUAGACUAAUGACUACGGCUACGGCGAGGGUAAGUUGCUGCAUCCAAAUCCAUGUCCAUGUACUGGCAGUACUUUAAUUAAGAUUUAUGGAAACUUAAACUUAAAAUGUCAUUACACUUAUUUUUUAAUUACAAUUUACAAUCUUAUUAAUUUAUUAAUUUUUAAUGCCACUUAUUUGACUUAUUCACUUAUACUUAUGACUUAUCUUAUGCAUUAUUUUGCCAUUAAAAUUAUGUGCUAGUUAGUGUAUCUGCCCUGUCUACACUAGGACUACAGGACAAUACUGUCAAUAUAUUGCCUGAAAGCUAGAUUUUCAACUCUCUUGAAUUUCAACAUCCAUAUUAAUCAAAAUGAACUUAUACUAGGGUGACCAAACGUCCCAGUCCCGUAAAAACGGGAUUGCCCCAUGCCCAUUUUUCACGAUCGUACCCGGUGUCCCGAAAAAGUCUCUCAGGAUGCCUAAAUGUCCCGUUUCUAAAACCAAACACAUUUUCAAAUCACUAAAACUUCCUAAUUUAUAAUAUAAAUUCAAGUAAUAUUUUGGCUAGCUGUGUAGCCAGUGCCAGUAGUGAUGUUCCUCGCGGGAUGGCUGCACUGUUUCCCCUCCACGAUUCUGCAGAUGCUGUGAUCCCUGCCCAUAAUGGUAAUACUGAAAAAAUCGUUUCGCUCAUGAACAUUCAAUGGACGGAAGAAAGAAACAAGAUGAGAGUGGAGACCCUUUUUGCAAUCCUGCAGGUUCUCUACAAUUUUGAAAUGGACUUAGAUAAGAAGGAAGUUUUAACGAUGGCUGGGACAGCAGCCAAGUAUCCUCAAUUUAAAUCCUAGACUAGACUUGACUAGAGAAAUUUAAUUUGUUGUGUUGUAUUAUGUUGUAAAAUAUGUAAAAAUGAAAAAGUAUCACUGCAAAAUUAUUGUUUUCGUUUAUGAUAUGCCUCAGAGUUUAAAUUAAAUUACAAAAGUGCAGGUAAAUUAAAAAGAUUUCUAGUCUCAAAAUAAUUAAAUGAGCAUAUUUCAAUAAACAGUUUACGACGGAGGCCUAUGUUUAGUUGGAGGGUAUCCCCCCGCACUCAACUCAUUUUUUCCAGUUCAUGUUUUGGUCACCCUACCUUAUACUUAUAAAUUUUUUUAUUACAUUACUUAGCCUUCUACUUAAAGUUUUAGACAAGACUUAAAUUAGAACUUGGGCUUGGGCAUCUGAGUCACAACUUAGACUUUUAAGUGUCUAAGUCUUAAUACCUAUUUAUAUUAUAAAGUUAUAAUUUAAAUUUAUAAUUUGUAAAUUUUAUAAUUUGUAAAUUUCUAGUGUUAGCCAUUAUCAAGCAGUUACGCGUCAUUUUUGCUUUAAUAUCAUUGAAACAUUUAAAUAGGGUCUAAUGGAAUAUGACAAAGGGCUGCCUUCAGGUUGAAACUAAACAAAGAAUAUUUUGACUAAUAAAUCUGAAGGAAAUUAGAAGUCAACUCUAAGUACACAGGAAAGCAUAGAAUGGAAAGGGGUCUGCUUUUCAUGGUGGCCAUCUGGUACUGCAAAGUUCAUAUGCUAGGGAGAGUGGCACUAACUUCUGUUUCUUCACUUAUUGUAAUUUAAAAUGGCAUACAUGCCAACCUGUGGGAUAAAAAAAAUACUGUACAAAAAGCCCCCACAAAAAAUGUACAACAGUAUGAAAAACAUUACAUAAAAUAAUGAAAAUGUGACAAAAAAAAUAUAGUAAUGUUUAACUUUUCAUCAUAUAUAUCAAUGUUUUGAAUGCAUAAAAAAAAGAAAGCUUGCAUCAUACUAAAAUGGAUAGAUUACAUCUUUUAAAUCAGGGGUCUCAAACUCGCGGCCCGCAAGACGAUAUUUUGCGGCCCGUGACAUGACUGCAAAUUUAGUGUUAAUGCGGCCCGCGUGUUUUCCCUUUUCUCAUAUCUAUAAUGUGACCCUCCACGACAGUUUCAGUCCAACCUCACCGACUAGUUUAAUUCUGAUUUUUAUUAUGUUUGUAUAGAAAUGGACUUGAUUAUAUUGGUAAAAACCGUUUUAAAAUCGGACUUAAAGUUUUUAAUUUAUAGCAUUUUAUGCGAGAAACAUGGCCAAAGUGCGGUUUUGAGAAAACAUGCUUCGAACAUUAUAUACACAUAUUUCAAAUUUUAAAAAGUCAGUUAGUGGGUAACGCAAAACCAUAAUUGGGUAAAUAUUAGAAAUCAGUCUCACUCAAACUCUGCCUCCUGCAGCUCAGUCUCACUCAGAAUUUGCCUCCCGCGGCCCAGUCUCACUCAGGCUCUGCCUCCUGCGUCCAAGUCUCACUCAGACUCUGCUCCUGCGGCCCAGUUUCACUCAGGCUCUGCCUCCUGCAGCCCCCGGAUGAUUUGAGUUUGAGACCCCCUGUUUUAAAUGAAAAUAGCUUGUUUUUUAGUCAGAUUUUCAUCAAAUUUUGAAUUGGUUUUUUGACACUGUUCAAUAGUAAUUUUAUAAAGCAUGGACCAGAUGAUGAAUUUAAUAGCAAUUAGUAAUUAGACAUAAUUCUUCAGUCUGUUAAUUAUGCCGCCUGUAGUAAUAUAGAUCCCUUUAUCUAACUUAAUGAAAUAAAAUAAAUUUCGUCUGUCUUGACAAAGUUAUUGAGUUAAUCUUUAACCUAUAACCUUAUUUUUCACUGUACCUGAGGGACAUGUCAUAAGGAUAGAAUUAUUUUUUUACACCAUGCCCAUGUGGAUAUAGAGUGUUCAUUAGAAGUUUCGAGCGGAAGUCAAAUAAUAAAUAGUAUAUAAUGUAGCCUUCAGCUCUCACAGAUUUCCACUCUUAACUAAUGUAUACUUUUACAAUGAAAAAUAUCACAUCAACUUUUAGUUUAUGCAAGCGUAACAUGUCAAAUUGAACCAUGCUGUUUUAUUAAAUAGGAAUAAUGACUAAUGCCAAUUGAUAGUAAAAUUAAAUGUGUUAAAUUAUUUAAUAGAAAUUAAAAUAACACUCACUAACACUGCUGUCCUUCCUAAAAUUACACAAACGAAUUUGUGAUUAUAUUUUACGACUGAAAAUAGCUACCACUGUAUAACACUGUGUUAGUAUUAACGAAUGAUAUCAAUGAAUAUCGUUUGAUUUAUUGCACUGCAAGUUUUGAAGGUAUGUACAAAGUGCUGGUAAACCAUACAUGUUGGCUUGUAUGUAAUGGUUUACCUUCAUUCCCAAUACCCAAACAUUAGCUCUAUUGUUAUCAGUUAUGAAAUAUAAUAGUAGGAACUAUAAUAAAGCACCUAUAAUUUUUAAUUACAAUCGUUAUUUCAAAGCAAAAUACAUCAUAACAUCAUAUACAUAACUAUCUGCAGCUGAAGUAGCAAGGAUGAUUAAUUGGUAUUUGGGCUGAUUUACUCAUCCAUGCUACCAUAAUAUUGCCUACCAUUGUCCAAAUUUACUACUGUUACCAUAAUAAACUACUAGUCAAGUACACUUUUAACAGAGCUAUAUUAUACCAUAAAUGUGUUUUCACAUUUAAAGCACAUUUCUUUUCAUUCUUUUAUUUAGAUACAUUUUUCAUUUCUCCAAAAAAGCAGUUUUAUUCACAAAUUCAGGUGUUGGGGAACUGAGGUAAAUCACCCCAAUCAUGUAAAAAGUUUAUCUGGUAACACAACAUCUGACAAGUGUGAUAGUAGGUUUACUAAUUAAUUGAGAAACGCACCCAAUAUUUUGUGGAUGCAAGUGGGUCGGCAGGUGGCGUAAACGCACACCUUGAAGACUGCAAGACCAAUACAAAUAAAAUAGAAAUUAAUAUUAAAAAAUGACUCACUAUGACAAAGUCACAUCUAUUUUACUUAUUUUUAAAUCCUUUAUAUUAACUUCGCUUUUGAUCAUCUGUGGCAAAGUCUGGGAAAGGCUAAUUGACCUACUUUCUGUCACCUCAUCGAGCUGAAACUUGGCACAUAGACUCGUGGCCAAUGACAACACAUACUUUUAAUUUUUUCAGCCCCAUCCUCCACCCUCAAAAACCAGUUUUUCCUUUUUUUCAAAAUACUUAUUGCUGCAGAAGAUUCAAGAAAUGUAAUACAAUUUAACCCAAUUAAAAGUUUUUACGUCUUUGCUCCCAUUACUUUUACAAAAGCUAUUGCAGUAAAAAUAAAGGUGAAAAUGAAAGAAACAUGAUACCUGUUUUCGACAGAAAUUUCCCCAUUUACAUAACCGCUUCUUAAUAAAUAAUAAAUCACAUACAAUUACAUAAAUGCAAACAAAAAUGCAUUUAAAUUUAAGGAAUUAAUAUGAAAAACUUUGUUUUAAGGGGUUGGUUUUUUAUAAUUUGUAAUCGGAAAAGAUUGCUGCUAUAAGAAAUUGAUUAAAAUACUAAUUAACAUGCAACAAUUUCAGAUUUUCAUUUUUUAUGUACAGGGUGUCUGUGUUAUUCAUAACACUCUUUGUUGAUUAGUUUUUAAGUUGUUUAAACUUACACCAUAAUAUGUUUAAAAGUGUGGAUUAAAAAAAAAAAUCAUUUCUUGAGUGCCUAUUGCUUCUACUAGCAUGUAAUUUUAUGUGUGGCUUAUGAGCGGAUCACACACUUUUCAGACUUUUUCUGGCCAGAACUUAAUGGGUUGGCUUAUGAACAAAUGCGGUAAUGAACAAGUAUAUUAUCUGGUAGGUAAUGUGGAGUAUGCUUGAGGCUACUACUCACUAGUCUGUUUUUGUCAUUCUUUUACAUUUGACCAUCCACCCUACCAUUUUAAUUUUUGUAUCACAGAGAUUUUAGACUGCCAUCCACAUUUUUUGUUGUUGUAAAGAAAUAAUAAUAAAGGUUUAUUUUAAUUUUUAUAAAUUUUUCUCUUAUGUUAGUCAUAUGAAAAAAUAUCAAUGUUGUAACAAUUUCUCGUACAUAAGAUAUUCAUCAUGAUAAUUUUUUAAAAAAUUCUCAUUUCUUUCAGAGAACUCGUGAUGAAACUUUGACCGUUGCAAAAAUUCGUGAAGUUACUGGUGCUCCUGACCAUGUGAUUGAAGAAGCAAUCCAAGCUUGCAUUCGAACAGAUGGAUCAUUCAAAGUUGAAGAUGUCGUGACCACAAUUAUAGCAGAUGAUGUUUUGCCUGGUUCAGGCAAAGCAAAGGUGAGAUGAUGUGACAGAAUCAAAUUUGUACAUUGAAAUUUAAUGUUAACAGUUUACAUUUGAAGUAGAAUUAGAGUUAUGUUUUAGUAUUAUAGAAAAACCUAUCCCAACAUUUUUUUUAUGUGUAUCAAAGAGGCGAUAUUUUUCACUAAAGAGAUUGUUGAACAUUUAUAUUUCAGUUCUUAUUUGCUCAUAAACAUGAUAUUUAAAAAAAAAAUAUUUAUGUCAACAUACCUUGCUUGAUCCUCUCCUCCUUAGUAACAGAACGCUGAAAUUUUGUUGUAUUUUUCUGUAAUCAUUUGUCAACGUUAUGAGAAUAACUGUUGUGAGUUGUGCACAGAACGCUGAAAUUUUUUUCUAUUUUUCUGUAAUCAUUUGCCAAGGUUAUGAGAAUAACUGUUGUGAGUUGUGCACAGAACGCUGAAAUUUUUGUUCUAUUUUUCUGCAAUCAUUUGUCAAGGUUAUGAGAAUAACUGUUGUGGGUUGUGCACAUUGUUGAUGACUUGUUUGAUAACGUAUUUGGUUUGAGAUGAAUUGUGUAGCUGUAGCUAUGUAGUUUGUAUUCAUGACAGUUUUGGGUAUGAGGGAUGGCAUGUUUGUUGCUUACUUUUGGUGUUGUUUGUGUGUUAAGCUAGUGGAUCUUGAAGUGAACAAGAGAUGAAGAAAAUUUGCUGGAGUCGACAAGGACUUCAUAUUAUUGUCUCUUUGAAGGUAUUAAGUGUUGGAUAUUUAUCCCAUGAGACGAAUAAGAAUAUAAAUAAAUAACUUGAUUUCACGAAGUAUUACUUACUAAAGUUGUGUUCACAAGCAUUAGUCGGAUCCUUGUUGGAUGAGAGUGACACCAUGUUAUAAAAAAACCCAGAAACAAAGCCAUAGUUACCGGAAGAGGGUCUCUACCAGAGAACAGAGCAUUUCGUCACUAAACACUGACAUUUUAUUAUAUUUUUCUACCAGACAAGGUUAUGCCAAACUAACACCAAAGCUCAGGAUCAAGUCGAUGCCAUGCCAGGUCAAUCUGCUUGUGCUGAUGGGCAGAAGAAGUCGAUAUCUACAGCAUCUGGAAAGCAAGCCACAAACACAGAUGGUAAUGAGAAAUUUCCUUUAAACUUACUUACACCUCUACACAGACAUCAAAGAGUUUUUUUUUAAAUGUUAUCAUAAAAAUUGUUUGAUGGAUUACAUAAAAUACUUAAAAGCAGUUUGCAUUUUUAAAAUCACAGUGCUAAAGUUUACAUGGUCUUCUCUCUUUUCUAUUUAAUUGUAUUUUGUGUUACAUAUUGUAAUCAAAGGUCUUAUCUUCAGAAAUCAAAUUAAUUAUUUUGAACUUUCUUUUUGAAGAAUACAUUGACCUGACCAGAGAUACACAGGGAAUCCUUGGAGGGCAGAUAAGCAGAGAGGAGCAAGAUAUUAGCAGGUAUCAGUCAAUGACAUUAUAGCGUGUGUGCCAACCUCCUUGAGUCCAAACCCUGUUCCAUUGGAUAGCUGUAAACACUAAAAAAAAAAAAGAACAAAAAACAAAACAAAAACUGCUCACAAAAACAAAAAAAGCCGAAAUAAGUAUCAUGAAUUAUAUUUAUUAGUAUUUUCAAUCAGUAUUAUCUUCCAAAUAAUUGUAUCCUUAUUGUUAGCUCACAAGCAAUCUUUGGCCCCCCUACCCCCAUUUUCAUUUUUCAAAUUGGGAUUGGUUAGGAUUCAUUCUGACAAAGUUUAAUUUCAAAAUGCUCAUUAGAUGUUAGCAAAUAUCCAAUCAUUGUUUCUAUUAUGAACAUUUUCAAGAAAAACAAGCACAAAUCAGACAAAAUGUAGAAAAUGAGGGGAAAAAAACAUGUUAAGAAAUCUAGUAAUAUCACAAAAACACAUCCUUCACUUAAAGAAUUAUUGGAAGAAAACUGCAACAGAUACCUAACUUCAGCUCGAUCAGGGUGAAUUCUUCCCCUUAAAUUUAGGACCAAAGGUAUAAAAAUUCUUUUGUUCCUCAGUCUGUAAGAAUUUACCAGUGUGCUCCCCUAGUGUUUACUAAAUUUAAGUGAUCACUAAUUAAGUCAUUAUUCUCACUAAGAGAGUUCACUAUUUUUCUCUUGUAUGUGAUGGCUGAUUUUUACGCUGGAGAAAUACUUUAAAUGUCUUUUAUUUAUCUUGCUCUAAUUAUUAAAUGUUGUCUUGUUUACAAUAUGUCUUUAUUUAUAUGCUGGAAAUGAAUUAUGUACAAUGUUACAAAAAAAAACAUUUCCAUUUAUUUUGAUCAAUAAAAGAAUAUUAUCUAUGUUCUUUGAGUAAAGAUGUAAUCUUUUGUUAUGACAUCAUCCCCUGGUAAUAUGCCUCAAUUUUAAGUUAAAACUGAUUGAAUCUUGGUAUAGCUGGAAAAUUUAUGAAGCUGCAAUUUUAAAACAUUUAAGUCCCCUAAAAUGUGCCUUGUGAAUCUCAUUAAAUUUGGAGACUUUGUUGAGUGUUAAUAGAAUAUUAUGCUGUUGAAUAUUUUCAAAUAUAUUGUGCUACAGCUAAAAGGAAUUUGACUGAAACUUACCCUUACAUCAAUGCUUAAAACGUGGUGAUAUUCAUACCAUACUUUGUUUUAUGAGAAUAUUUCUAUGACUCAUAGAAAAAUUGUCCUAAAACAAAAUUUAAGUAAAAUUAUUUUUGGAUGAAUUAAUCAAGAUGAAUAUGUUUUUUUUUUUUUUUGUUACAGAGUGUUGGAAGCAAGUCUGGCAGAGAGUAAAGGCAGCACUAAAAGAAAGCGGGGAGAACUCUGGUUUAUCGAUCCCCUGAACCCAUUUUUUUUUUUUUUUUUGUUACAGAGUGUUGGAAGCAAGUCUGGCAGAGAGUAAAGGCAGCACUAAAAGAAAGCGGGGAGAACUCUGGUUUAUCGAUCCCCUGAACCCCUACGAGCGGAGACGCCAGGAGGGGUGGCCGGUCGGACUCAAAAACGUUGGAAACACUUGCUGGUUCAGUGCUGUCAUCCAGGUCCGCGUGCUUCAUUUUAAGGAUACUAUUUUAAUCGGGUCAUUGCUUUUAAUUGUCCUUUCUUUUCAUUUCAAGCCUAACCAUCUCUUGUUUCACUAUUUGCUUCAUUUUACCUGACGCUAAGUUAUUGACUUGAACAUUAUUUUUUUUAUAUGCUUAAUGAGCUUACAUCUAAAUGUUUUAUUGUAGGACCGAUGAUAAAAAAAUUGGUAUGAAUAAAUUCCUUGGUCGGCCGUGCUCUUCUAAGUUAAAACCAACUUGCCCGUCUUGAGGCUGUUGUAGGUUGAUAUCAUUUUUUAACUUGGAAGUCAUUCAGCGGACAUUACAAAAGAUUCAGAAUUUUUUAAGCCGUGUUGUUUCUGAUUUUAAAAUCAAGUCUGCAACAUUUUAAAAAUGGCAUUUAGCCGUUAAAGCAUUUGGGGGAGAUAAAAAAAAAAACUCUUAAGAGAUUUUUGUUGUGUUUAAAGCAAUAUCGAAACAGCAGUGCCUAGAGAAAUGAGUUUGGCUAGGCCCUGCUUGGAUUUUUUUUAAAAAUUAAAUAUUGCUACAUUACUUGGAGCACCUCCUCCAUGACCUGUUGCUUCAACAGAUGGGAGCUCAUCCAGUGACUGCCAUCAGCAAUACCUCAGGUACAUGUCUUAGUCUAUACAAGUAUAGGAUUUUGUAAGGGUUUAGUUUUUGUGUAGUUUGAUUGCUUUGAUAAUAUUUUGUUCUUUUCCUUAUUUUCAGUCUUUAUUUCACAUCAGAAAAUUUCGAGAUAUCGUUCUUCAUUAUCAACAGAGACAACUAUCUGAAAAUGAGGUACGACAAAAUUCAUUAAAUUAUACGUAGAGACUAAAAUAAAUGCAUGUUUGCGUUUCAAAAAAGUUUGUACAUUUUUUGUUGAAUGUUCAUGCACUUUCUUGUAAUGCUAUACUUUUACUUUUAAAUUAAAUAAAUGUAUGUAACUGUUUUAAUGUCAUGUUUAUUAUUGCCAAAAUUUUAUGUAAACGUUGUCAGCCCAGCCCUAGGCUGGGGUAACUUGCUAUAUAAGACCAAUGUAAUAAUAAUAAUAAUUAAUCCUUUUUUAUAUUUCAGAUUAGUCGCAAUCUUCGGUUUGUGACAGAGCUGCGGCAGCUGUUUGCCCUCAUGGUGGGCUCUAAGAGAAAAUAUGUCGACCCUAGUAAGUCGGUGGACAUCCUUAAAGAAGCUUCAGCUACAACAGUCUUGGAUGGCCAGCAGGUCAGUUCUCUACCUUCAGCCUGUACCAAUUUAAAUCAUGUUUAGAAUAAAUGGAUCUGUCGAGCUGUUUUCACGGGUUCAAAGAUGUGUCACAAGAUUUUGAUAAUAAAAAUUGAUUUUUUUUUACUAACUAAAGGAUUAAUAAUUCAAUCCAUCAAAUCCAAUAGGAUUAAAUCAUUUUUGCAUGGCCACUGAUUCUCUCUGGGACGGAACAUAUAUUUGUUUAUUAACUUGAAUGGUGUGUCAAAAGUAUUUCAGUCAUUAUUUUUUAGAUCAGAUGACCCCCUCACAAGUUUUCUUCUAUGUCCACAUAUAUUUGGGCUGCCCAGGAUGUGAGUGAGUUUCAGCAUAAGCUGCUGGACUGGCUGGAAGAUGCCUUCAAUGCUCCUUCAUCUCAAUGGUAAGUCAGACAAUCCAAGGGUCAGCCACAUGUCAGACAAUGUCAUUGUAAGCCAUAUUGUCAGAAAAUUUAAUUUAUAAGCUUUAUUGUCAGACAGUAUAAUAGUAAGCCAUAUUUGUCAAUGAAUGCACUUAUAAGCCAUAUUGUCUGACAAUGUAAUGGUGAGUUCUAUUGUGAUAAAAUGUAAUUGUAAGCUCUAUUGUCAGAAAUUUGUAAGGGUAAGUUCUUUUUUCAGUCAAUGUAAAGGAAACCUUUUUUUCAGACAAUGUAAUUAUAAGCCAUAUUGUCAGACAAUAUAAAGGUUAGCUUUAUCAUCAGACAAUGUGAUGGACCUGAUUGUCAGAAAUUGUAAUGAUAACCAUUAUUAUCAAUGUAAACAAAAUUCAUUUUGUCAGACAAUGUAAUAUAAAGACAUAUUUUCACAUUGUCAUGAAACUUGUACUUAGAAUUGCCCAAUUGGAUUUGACAGGAUUAAUCCCCCAGACCGAUACAAGAAAUAGUCACUAUUAAUUUUAACAAAAUAUUUUAAAUUUUUAAAAAAAAAAUUGUUGUACUAUGUAAAUCCAAAUAUUUACAUUUUGAAAUUCAAGUUAAACAAAUGAAGCACCCAUUUCAAUAUUUUAGAGCAUUGUAAUCUCAUUAAAAAAAACAAAAAAACAUUUAUUGACCUGAACAUGAAAAAAAAAAAUUAAUUCAAGAAAAGAAAACACACACAGGCUUUCUUUAUAAAUAUAUUCUCUAUUGUUGGUUUCCUUAGUGGUGAGAAUCCUGUCCAUCAAAUGUUCCAGGGCAAGUACAAAGCUGAAGGAUUUCAUGAGGGUACGUCCAGAAUUUAUUUAGGAAUUCAUUUUAAAGACGUCAAUGUCAGUUAUGCAGACCUGUUUACCCUCAAACUCUUAAAAUCCUACAAUAUCAUCACAUAAUCGUUCACUACAUUCUCUUUAUAGAAAAAAAAAACUUGCACUAUAUGUAAUGUAUAACCUCAAAAUCGUACAUUGUACGCCAAAAUCAUAAGAGUAAACAGGUCUGAUUAUGAAUAUAGUUUUAAUCUUAUGAAAAGUAACUUCUGUAGUCAAUUGCUUUGUUCAUUUAAAAAUAAUAUAUUUAUUUUUGUGUGUUUAUAUAAUUCAUUGGACAGAUUUAAUCGACUCUCUCAUUUUGAAACAGGAAAACCAUUCUCCCAGGAAGUCACCUUCGGCCAGUAUCCUCUCAACGUCGUUGGCUUUCAAGACAUCCAUGAAAGUCUCGAGGCCACCACAGCCCAGGGUGAGAUUGAAACUAUCGACGGAGACUCGAGUCAGAAAUCUGGUCAAGAGGUUUGAAAUUGUUUACAGUCCAACACUUUGUGCAUGAGAGCACUUUUAUUGCUAUUUUUAACUCAUUGUAAUUGCUCUUGUACAAGUGGCUCAUCAAUAUCUUGAAUGUUCACACUUUUGCGGAACAGCUGGGUCAUUUUUUAAAUAUUUGUCUCACCUGCUCCAGAUCUGGUUCACUCACUUACCCGUUGUGUUGACCUUUGAGCUGUCCAGGUUUGGCUUCAACCAACAGUUGAAUCGGGCAGAGAAGAUUCACCAGGAACUCACUUUUCCGGCUGUGAUAUAUGUAGAUAGGUAAGGCUGGUCAGAAUUACACCAUACAAAGUAACAUGACCAGUGGCCAGUGAUUGUUACGGUUAGGUUACCACAAGGCUUCAUAAGUGCAUCCUUUACCGCAGUAAACACAUUUUUCACACUGUAGUUUAAUACUCAUACAAAUCUUUUAUUUCCCACAAGACCUGAUCUAUUUUGUUGUCCAAUAUUGGAUGCGUGACUUUCGAAAGCCUUAUAUUUUUUUUCUGUCUCUCCCAACCAGAUAUCUCGAGUGUAAUAAAAGUAUUACGAGACAAAAGAGAGAAGAGGCGAGGAAGUUAAAAGAUGAACUCGGCAGCCUGCAGGCCAGACUGGACAAGUGAGUAGUGUUAAAUGAGAACUUCCUUGGGUCUAUCACUUUUAGUCGUAUGCCACUGGAUCACUUUGCACGUUGAGUACGAAUUUAUCAAAGUGAUCAACGACUUCUUUAAAGAAAUUCUGCUGUCACCUUUAAACACAUUCAAUGUAGAAACUGUAGCUUCUUAAGCCCGAGAGAUCAUUGUUUUAAUUUAAAUUUUAUGUCCAUUACUAAGUAUAAGAGUAAUUUUCACAAGGGACUAUUUUUUUUGUGUGUGGCAAAGCAGAAAGAAAUUAAUACUUCUGUUCAUGUUUGCUGAAAAGGUUCAUGAACUACGGGUCAAGCACCAAGAGAUAUCCACUUCCAGAUGUGCUCCAAUAUGCACUAGAGUUUGCUGAAAGCACUCCAAACCAGGGGCUCACAGAGUGCGCACCUCAGCAUUCCCUUGAUGUUGAAAUGGAAUCACCCGUGCCAUGUUCCAGGUUACUGACAUUUCCUUUAUUUUUAUUUAAAUGUAAACUCAAAGUGAGCACACAAAAAAUGUUUUGGAAUGGUUCAUUUUAAUUUUUGUGUGAGAAAGUAAGUAGUGAUGUUUCAAAGCAGAAAAAUAUUACUACUACUUAACAACAUAAGACAAUCUCUGGGGGAUUGCUAGACUGAUACAGUGUUGAUUUUGGCAUAUCAUAGGAAAGUAACUAUCCCAGGGCUUCUUGACCAGGGGCACUGCAAAAAAGGUUAAGAACCCCUGAACUAGACGCACUUUAGUGUUGUAACUAGACAUAUAUUAGCAUUGUAACUAAACAAUUAUAAUGUUAAUUACAAGAGUAAUACUAAUUUUGCAGCUUGGCUGUUUGCCCAAAUUGUGCAUUUUAAAUGUUUUCAUUGUACUAAAUUGUAGUCAAAACCUUGAUAUAAUAAUUAUAAGCUACAUGUGCCAGUUUUCACUCAUACUUCUCUUUAUGAUUUAUUUUUUUCUAAAUUUCAGAAAUUCAAGUGAUGUGUCUAUGACUCCAACAUCAGAAUUCGUAAGUGCCACUGAUUUGAUAACACACCACCUGACUGCAUCGCCCUCGGUCAUUAAGUCCCCAACCACUGCUGAACAUUCUACAACCCCCACAACAUCUUUCACCUCCAGCAAAGAGCGGAGUAUCCAGGCCAAAACCACUUCUUCCUCGCUGUCCUCCUCGCCAGUUCCAGAGGCCAAGAAAUUUAAAGACUCUUCUGUCCAGGUCGAGUUUGAUGCCACGUUGAUGCCCUCCUCCAUCAUGAUGCAGUCUCCGGCAUCCGCCGCCCAGCCCACAUUUGUAUCCAUGCUGACAUUUUCCCCGUCUCAGCCCGUCCCAGGUUGUUCGACCGACUUUCACGGCACCUCAACAUCGUUAGAUCCACACCCCCGAAGUGUUAGUACAGAAGAACUGAGGGUACUCCAGGACUGUCUGAGACGAUGGAGAGAGGAAGUGGAACUUGAUGUCAGAGGUUUGUACUCUUACACACUACACACAAGAAAUUGUUUGUGGUCAAUUAGAAAAAAAAGUAUAGUGGAUUUUGUUCUGGACAAGAACGAUGUCACAUAGACCAAAAGUAUAGUGGAUAUUGUUAUACAAGUUAACAUCUGGACCAGAACAAUGUUACAAUGUCCAAAAGUAUAGUUGAUAUUGUUAAGCAAGUUAACAUUUGGACCAGAACGAUGUCACAUAGAACAAAAGUAUAGUCGAUUAUGUUAUACAAGUUGACAUCUGGACCAGAACAAUGUCACAUAGAACAAAAGUAUAGUCGAUUAUGUUAUACAAGUUAACAUCUGGACCAGAACAAUGUCACAUUGAACAAAAGUAUAGUCGAUUAUGUUAUACAAGUUAACAUCUGGAGCUGAACCAUGUCACAUAAUAGAACAAAAGUAUAGUAGAUUGACCAGAACAAUGUCACAUAGAACAAACAUUAUAGUGGAUUCUGUUAAUACCUGUACCUGAACGAUGGAACCCUCAAAAUAGUAAAUUCCAUAUGCAUUGUAUUUUAUUAAAAAUUAUUUAUUUGAUAUAAGCAAUCCCUUGUUAUUUUAAAUUAUUGCCAUGUAUUUCAUAUCGCUAGAAAUAGACGAAGCCAUCUUUUAAAAUUUACCCUGGUAAUUUACAACAUGUACAUAUCAAUAUCCAGAACUUCAGAAGAACAUUGCUGGGCUGGAAGAAAAGCUUGAUGGAAUGUACUCAGAAGACUACAUGAAAAAGGUGAGUUGCGAAAAUAGAUUUUUUUGGAAUACCAUUUUAAAUGUACAUUAAUUCAAAUUUGAGCCCUUCCUAUAUCCCUGGCCUCUUUUUUACUAGUUAGCUUUCAAUCUAAUAGGACAGCAUUUUUCAUUUUAGUUCAUUCCCCUGAACAACAUGGACAGUUACAAUUACUACCCCUUUGUUACCAAUCCCCUUGUUAUAAUCUUGCUCCCAUUGGUGUAAACCCUCAAUCUGUGGAAAUCCAGACAUCAGAAUUACACUAGAUGAAGAAGUCUAUAUUAAAACACCAAAAAUGGGACACUAUUUUUCUAUCAUUUGAGGGUGCAACAUCAAUGUGACCAUUCAACUUAGAGGCCACAUUUUUUAUGCCGAAUCAGAUUAUGCCCAGCAGUAAUAUAGACAUAAACAAGUAUUUACACAUUUUAUAACUAUCGUAUCUCCUGUGUUAACAAAUGUAGCAGUCAUUUACAUGAGUGGCAACAAACGGUUGUGCCAAUAGCAUGACCUAUGCAGAAUAACAAAAAGUGUGAAUAGUUCUCUUGUUAUUUUCUCUCUUUGAUUAAUUGGUCCCAUUUCUUGUAUCCUCCCAAGUUUCCCUACCACCUGCAUGCCGUGCUUGUGCACGAGGGACAGGCGGUGUCCGGACACUACUGGUCUUUCAUUUACGAUGACCGGCGCUCCAAGUGGCUCAAGUUCAAUGACAUCACCGUGUCUGAAUCUUCUCUAGAGGAGAUGAGAAAGGAAAGUGUUGGAGGCUUCCACAAUGCCAGCGCCUACUGUCUGAUGUACGUGGAUAGAUCCAGGCUAGAAAUGGGCCAAGGUAAGUACUGUCUGAUGUAAGUGGAGAGAUCCAGGCUAGCAAUGGGCCAAGGUAAGUACUUAGUGGGGCAAUAUUGAGGGAAUGCAUCAUUAUUAAGUUUUAGAUGGCUUAAUAAAAAUAGUAAUUAGUAAGGAAGUUUGCCUUACGGAUAAAGAAAGAUAUUUGCAAGUGAUAGAGAAAGUUUGCGUAAUGAUGGAACAAGAAAAGGAUCUCAUUGAUUGGGCCAGAAAAAGUAUAGAUAUAAUUUGAUUGGGCAGGUGAUAAUAUUUGGUGAUUUAAAUAUGAGAUAAGAUGUUUUUAUUGAUCCAAAUAAAUGGUGAUUUGUUUUGAUUGUAUUGCACAUACUGUAGACAUUCUUGAGUUUUUUGUAGUUGCCUGAAAUUGGUCGGCAGCAAAGCAUGUGUAAUUUAAGGCCAUUAAGGUUAUAGAUGGAUAGGUUUUUGAAUGAUGGCCAUUUAAAUUGACUGAGAGGUGUCGGCAGGCUACCAUUGAAGUAUGAUAUAAAUGAUGAAAAUUGAUAAAAACUAGCCAGUUCAAACUUUAUUAAAAUUUUAAAUUUUUUUUUAUCUUUUUCCCCAGGAGAUUCAAACACCAGUGCUAAAAAUACAACUGACAUGUUAGCCUCACUUGAUCCAGAUCUGCGGGCCAUUGUUGAAGAGGACAAUGCCAUCUUCCAGCAGGAGCUCCAGGCAUGGGAUGAGGAGCAGAGGAGAAAGUCGCUUGCCGCCUUGUCCGCAGCUGCCACCACCACAGUCUCUACGGUAUCAGCAUCUACCAUGACCCCGUCCACGUCAGCCUCUGUGGCGUCACCUCCAUCGUCCGCCCAGUGGAAAAGUGCUGACCACAGAUGGAAUGACGGUAGAGGUGAAGGUCAAUGCCAGACUAGGUCAGGGUCAGAUGACCAGGAUGUUGUUGUAACAGGAGAACAGCGGCCAGGUAGUUAAGAAUUGGAUUUUCACAAUUAGGUAGCCUUUUGGAUUGUCGCAAUUAGCUGACAUGUUGGAUUGUCGCAAUUAGCUGACAUGUUGGAUUGUCACAAUUAGCUGACAUGUUGGAUUGUCACAAUUAGCUGACAUGUUGGAUUGUCACAAUUAGCUGACAUGUUGGAUUGUCACAAUUAGCUUAUGUUACUAGUUUUUUUUUUUCUUUUCAAAAUUCAACUGAAAACUAAAUUUAUUUAAUUUAUGAGAAUCUGUAAGAUGUUUGCAAUGCAGUUUUCCAACUGUGCCAAAUUGGUAUUAUUCUCACGCCAGUAUUUUUAUAAAAUUAAUCUUUUUCAUUAUUAAUAAGAGCGUUUCCUCCUCUUCUCAUGGUAAGUUUUGCUAAAAUUUAAUUUUAAAGACAUUUUUAAAAUUCACUAGUAAUUGUUACCAAAAAGUUUUAAGAAAAUAAUCUACUAGUAAUCGUCACCAUAAAGAAUUAAAGACAUUUUAAAAAAAUACUUGUCAUUGUCAAAAUAAAGAUUAACAGACAUUUUUCAAAAAACUACAAGAAAUUGUCACCAUAAAGAUUGAAUGUAACUUAAAUGUGAACCAGGGGAGGCCACAAUCAUCAGGCCGAUGAAUUCAGCAUUAGCCCGCUUGGCAGACCAACACGCCCAACAGUCUUUCAGUGAGACUUUGCAGGCUGUGAACAUCUGCAGCUCUGUCGGUAACAAGCCGUGUGACAUAGUGAAAAAGGUAAAUGUCUACUUUUUAGUCUCACCCAUGCUGAUUAAAAUUCCUUCUUAUACAUACCAUGUUUUACGGACUAUAAGAGCCUAAGGACUAUAAGAGCCUAAGGACUAUAAGAGCCUAAGGACUAUAAGAGCCUAAGGACUAUAAGACGCACCUUAAUUUUUAAGCAAUUUUUUUUUAAUAGAAAUAACAUUUUUACCAGUUUUGUCUUAAUUUCAAGUAUAAGGCGCACCUGAAUUUUUUUAGGCAAUUUUUCAAAGAAAAAAGUGUGUCUUAUAGUCACUAAACUCUUCCAGGUUAACAUAAAAGUAAUGGUCACUACAAUUAAAUGGUCGCUACAAAGUUAUAUAUGAAGUCAUCAAAGGGAGAGCUCUUUAACCCUGUAACUGCAAGUGAAUUUUUCUGUAGUGUCAAGCCAUUUUUUAGCAUUUUCAUAUGCUUGUCAAAAAUGACAAAAUCCAAUACUAAAUGAAUUCAGAGACCCUUACAAGUAGACAUUUUCUGAAAGUAUCUUAACCUUUACAGAGUGAGUAAAAUUUUACUACUCAACUUCUGAAUUCAACCCAACCUAAUACUCGAUAAAUUAUUCAAACUAUCAUAAAGUCACAUUUUUUAAAUACUUGAAGCAAUAUUCUUUCAUAAAAUUUCAAGAUAUAGGUACUUGUAUUGAAAAUUGUAAUAUUGGUGAAUUUUUUUUCAUUCACUACCUUAAAAUUAAUUUGUAUCAUACAAAAUACAAGGGGGAAGGCAUGAAAUGAGUUCAAAAAUUGCUUUUCAAUUGAAGUAAUUAAAUUCAUUUUUAUUAAUUAAUACUAAAGAACAUACACAAAACAUAAAUGUCUUGGGGAUCCCAUCUUAGCCUUUUCUACUCAAUUUCCACCCUUUCCUAAAGGAUUUGUCUGUAAGUUAAAUAGCACUAAGCUUAGGGCUAAGCUUGUCAAUACUUGACUCUGGUGUUGCCAUCACUGCUAGAGCUAAUACUGUCAUUACUAGUGGAAUAUCUCUGAAAUCAUUCUUUUCAUUUUAAUUCAUUUGAAAUAAUUCCAAUUAAGAAAUUGUAAGUUGAUUUUGCGAAAAAAAGGGGGGGGGGGGGGGUUAGUAACCUUUCCAGCAUCAGUCAUUAUUAAGGUAUAAAAAAUUUUUUAGAAAAAUUCACACCCGUUUAAUUUUUUUUAAAAAAUGCUUAACAAGAGCAUGUUAACACACAGAUAGAAAAGAAAAAAGGAAGUAAACUCAUUGAUAUAGAGUGACUUCCCCAUAACCAAUAUUCAUUAAGUCAUUCGCAUUUUAAAUCACAAUUUUGGCAGUGGCUGAUCAUAUCGGCCGUAUAAUCGACCAUGACAGCACACAAAGGGGUUAUACAGCUGAACAGUUAAUGAAUAGAGGGAGAUUACCUGGAAAAAACACUUUUAUCAAAAUAAAACAAACUAUACAGCAUUCCUAUCUCACACACAUCAAUUAAGUGGUUUAGCCAACUGGUCAGAAUGUUAUUCAGACAGUCUGCAUUACAAGCUUACAAUAGCCGGGUCUUUUAAGGGGGCAGUGGAUCGACAGUGUAAGGGUCGUUCUAAAGGACACACUAAAGGCCCACUACCAUGAAUCUUCAACAGGCCUCACACCUUGCAGGCAUCUCACAAACAUUACUUUCCCUGGAUGCCUCCCUGGUAGAAGUAGACAAAAGAAGAAGUCAGAUUUCACACACAUUAAUUGAUGAGCAUUACUUCCAGUUAUGAAAAUAUUGCAUAAGAAAUAAUUUUGUUGUUACAGUUCUCUAAAAUGUAUUCAUGUGUAGGCCAUGGAAAGUGAGUUGAUGCGACUCAAGGGAAUGUCAAAGCUUUUCCACAACGCACUUCCCUCCGAGGAUCCAAGGUUAAGGCACAUUGUUCUCUACCUGCUGUGUAGCCAGGCUGAUGACCACACUGUCAGAGUUAUCUUGAGUGAACAAUUUGCCCUCUGUGCUUUGCUCGACACAAACAAGUGAGUUGAAUUAAGCUGACAUCAGAUACAGAAUAAAACCAUAACAGAAAAUGUAUAGCCAUUCUGUUCAGUGUUUAAAAUAAAGCCAUAACAGAAAAUGUAUAGCCAUUCUGUUCAGUGUUUAAAAUAAAGCCAUAACAGAAAAUGUAUAGCCAUUCUGUUCAGUGUUUAAAAUAAAGCCAUAACAGAAAAUGUAUAGCCAAUCUUUUCAUUGUUCAGAAUAAAGCCAUAACAGAAAAUGUAUAGCCAAUCUUUUCAUUGUUCAGAAUAAAGCCAUAACAGAAAAUGUAUAGCCAAUCUUUUCAUUGUUUAAAAUAAAGCCAUAACAGAAAAUGUAUAGCCAAUCUUUUCAUUGUUCAGAAUAAAGCCAUAACAGAAAACUUAUAGCCAAUCUGUUCAUUGUUCAGAAUGAAGCCAUAACAGAAAAUGUCUAGCCAAACCAUUCAGAUAAUCCAUUCCCAGCUGUUCUGCACAGCACAGUGAGAUUGACCUUUUAUAGGCCCCAAUGUGGCUGUAAAAAGCUAUUUUUAGAAUGUUCAAAACAACUCUCAUUUUUCAUAACAGUUUGUACUUAUUUUAAACAUAAUACUUUGAUUUAAAAUAUCUUUGAUUUACUAACAAAUUGUAAAAAAUUCAAGAUGUUAAAUACAUAAGGUUUAAAAAUUAUAGCAAGCUCUAAUAAUCAAAUAAUAAGUUAUGGUCUUAACAUUUUAUUAUCCUCUGAGAAGCUAAGUGUUAACUUGAAUAUACUUGGACAUGAAUGUUGCUUUCUUGAACUUGUCUCAGGGUCAAGGGUCUCAGGCAACAGGCACAUGAGAUUUACAAGAAGUUGUACAACUCAGCUGGUAUUGAUGGCAUUAAGCAUUAUGAGGUGAGUUUUUUUUAAGGUUCGAAGAUAUGGGUGGAUGGGUGGGUGGGUGGAUGGAUGGGUGGGUGGGUGGAAUGGGUCUCAGGCAACAGGCACAUUAGACGAAAUUUCAACUGGUAUUGACGGCAUUAAGCAUUAUGAAGUGAGUUUCUAGGUCUUAAGAUAUGGAUGGAUGGAUUUCUAUGCGAUGACAUUCUUAAAAAAGGCACUCUGUGAAGCCAAAGUAAGGCAAUCUAUGAAUCCAAAGUAAGGCAAUCUAUGAAGCCAUGGUAAGGCAAUCUAUGAAGUGAGAGUAAAGCACUCUGUAAAGCCAUAGCAAGGCACUCUAUGAAGCCAUUUUAGUAAGGCACUCUAUGAAGCCAUUUUAGUAAGGCACUCUAUGAAGCCAUUUUAGAAAGGCACUCUAUGAAGCCAUUUUAGUAAGGCACUCUAUGAAGCCAUUUUAGUAAGGCACUCUAUGAAGCCAUUUUAGUAAGGCACUUUAUGAAGCCAUUUUAGUAAAGCACUUUAUGAAGCCAUUUUAGUAAGGCACUCUAUGAAGCCAUUUUAGUAAGGCACUCUAUGAAGCCAUUUUAGUAAGGCACUUUAUGAAGCCAUUUUAGUAAGGCACUUUAUGAAGCCAUAGCAAGACACUCUAUGAAGCCAUUUUAGUAAGGCACUCUAUGAAGCCAUUUUAGUAAGGCACUCUAUGAAGCCAUUUUAGUAAGGCACUCUAUGAAGCCAUUUUAGUAAGGCACUCUAUGAAGCCAUUUUAGUAAGGCACUCUAUAAUCAUUGUGUGUAGGGCCGUUUGAGAAAAUCUAGCGUUUGAAAAGAUCUUGUGAUCCCUACUGAAGUAGCUUGCUUGUUUCAUGUUGUUUUUGUAGCACUUGAACAAGCAAUGUUAAUGUUGCCAUGUUGAUGUUCUUUCUAGUUCUGGCACAAGCGGUACCACCAUUACAGGCAGGCCAUCUUCAUGUUCACCAAGGCCAUGGAGGCUUACUGCUCAGCAAGGUACGGACCUCUCUGUCAAAUAUAAGUAAUUGAUUACAUCAACAACAAAAAAUGUCGUACGCCACGAAGAUAGAGGCAAGAUAAAGAAAUUCUUGAGGCCAUGUGUUUGGCCAGUUGUUAGUGGUAAUUAUAAGAUGACGUGUUAAUGAAGUAUCACUACCAUACAUGACAACACUGUCAAAAACACAGGUAUGUGACCUGACUGCAGGUUACUACUUACUUCAAGGAAGUAUCGCUGUGACAACUUGGAAUGUUAUCGGAGGUCAAGGUCCCCGGAGAAGCUUUAUUAAAUGCUAUGUUUAAUGUAUUUCAGAUACCAGGAAGCAUUGCCGUACUUCAAGCAGGCGUGGCUUCACAAUUGGGAGCCUGGACUAACCAAAGAAAUGAUGAUAGAUGAAGCGGGAAUCAACACAAAGAUGCUGUCUUAUUUUAGGCGUAAAAGUCUGCAGGUAUUUUAGACAAUCAUAUUUUACUUUGUUGUUAGUUUAUUGAAUCUUUCUUAUUUCUUGGCAGAUGUAUUUGUAAGACACUAUUGGUGUAAAUGAAGGUAAGAUUUAAUUGAAAGACAAAAUAAUUCCCUCAUUUACAACAUUCUGGUAACGUAUAAGGAGCUAGAAUUGCCUCCCCAUGGCAGACAUUGUUAAAAGUUUUAGUGGAGUGUUUGAUUUAUCACUUUGGCUGGAGACUCGAACACUUCCCUGACUUAAAAUUGUAUGUAGAAAACAAGGGGAUGUGACAGUUUGACGCUGCCAAAGAAUACAAAUUAUUGAAAAUUUACAGGUGAUGAAAACAAUGUUGAAAAUUCAAGAACGUAUACAUGAAAUUUAGUUCAAAUAGAAUUAUAAUUUACAUAGUCUUUCAUAUACUAGAGAGGCCACAUAAAAUCAGUCAAUCUCUGUGCAAUUGGAAAUGUGUCGCAGUUGCAGUCUCCUGUAUGUAUCAAUCGUUUUGCAAAAUAUAGAGAAUGUGUACCGGCCCACCCUGUAUAUUCAAGAGUUUUGUAACACAAGUUAGGUUAUUUUUCAACACAAAAUUGUGUUAGUGGAUUAUGAAGAUAAGCGGUCAGGGGAUCGUUGCUCAUGUCAUUCAUUCACAAAAUACCCCCUUAACUCAAUUUUUCACUUAAAAUUCUUGCUACAGUUUAAAAAGAAAAACAUUGAAAAAAAUUAUUUAACCUUGCAAAUUUGAGUCUAAGCGCUUGUGGCCAGGGGACUUUUUUUGGAGGAGGGCUUUUAUCUGAAGGGGGUGCCUUUGUCGAGCAUCCUUUUUAAAGUGCUAAAAAAUAUCAAUUUAAAAUUUAAGACGUUUAGGCCAUCUCAAUAUAUCCACAUCAGCGCUUUUGUGCUACUAACAAAACAACAGACAGGCAAAACCAUUAAAACAAACAUUUAUAUAUUUUGAUUUUCUUAAAAAUGCAACAAUUUUAUGAUCACCUGUUUAAUUAAAUAAUCACUUUUUUCCUUUAAAUAACUUUUUAUCCAAGCCGAUGAAAUGACCAGGUGGCAAAUCGUCAUAGAUCCAAAAGCAAUGUUCAACUGCAUCCUUGACAUUAUUUAUAAAGCUAAUCUUCAUAAUGCUAUUCAUAAUUGCCUUUGUAACAGCUUGUGUACUUACUUUGACUAUUCCCACUUGGCAAUAGAUUACUUUGUCCAGAUUAGUCUCAUUUCACAAGUUUGAUAUUUGUAACGGUAGUUUGGCGGAAAAAAUAUGUUGUAUCUUUCCAGUGCAUUGGUAUUUAUGGGCAUAAUUUUAUUCACUAUGCUUAUGUACAGUUAUUUUUUUUUUCCUCUUACUCUGUAAUUUUGUCGUUCUCUUCAGAAAUUGAAUCAGGCAACUUUGAAAAGCUUUGAGUGUGAAGAUGACAUGACAGAUGCCCUAACAGUGAUGAGUAAUCAAAUCUUGCCAUCCUUGUCACAUGUCGCUGCCUCCGAAAUUCAAGAAGACGAGGCAGCUGUGGAGGAAGUCAGGGAAAAGUGGUGUCAGUUCUUGGAAAAAGAUCUUAGUGGUCAGUCUGUCAAUUUUUGUUAAAUUACAAUUUUGACAAAUAACAAGCUCGUUUCCAUUCCUUCAUUAUGACAUAUUUUUUUUUUAGAGAGUAGGGCAAAUCGCAAGAAAUUAUAGAUUUUAAAAAAAGGGAAUCUCUUAACUCAGCCAAAAAAGAUAAAACAGGAUUAAACAUAUAAAUAAAAUAAGAUUCUUUUAUUGAUCCAAAUAAAUGGAAAUUUUAUUUUUAAAUUAAAAAUUACGUAUUCAUGUUCAUCACAUAAACAAGAGACAUCUGCAGUAUUUGUCAAACGUAGAAAUCAUCUAUUGAUGAACUCCCUUGGGUGACAAGAAUGACUUAAUUAGUGAUCUUUUAGAUCUCGAUUUGAAAAAACUCACAUUAUUUACAAGGCACAUUUCACAGGUGGAUCGCUAAUCAUUUCAUGGUCAGCCAAUAUUAUAAUAGCUUCAGAGCCUCGGGCAAGAUCCGACUAGGCUAUUUUGUCAUGUACAAGUUGCAAUAUAAAAUAUCGUCACUCACCAUGCAUUAUUCUCUCUCUACUCUCGACAACAAAUGUACAAAGAAAAAUAAUGCUGUUGUCGAUGAAUUUAUGAUAAUCGAUAUUUAUUUGUUGCUAUUGUUAAUGAAACUUAAGUUGUUAAUUAACUGUGGUAACUCAAUAACAUUCCUUUGGGAUAUUUUAUAUUUUGACGAAUAGCGGAGAAAAUUGAGAGACUGCAGGAUUUUUUGUCCAAAAUGUUUGAUGGGAACGGGCCGCAAAUACAAGAGGACAUCAGCAAAGUACGUGAGAAUGAACUCAGGCAACCUCUGGAAGAGAAGUACAUACAGGCCAUGAGGAAACUCAAGGAGGAAGGGGAGCUAACUGUCUGGAGGGAAACAAGUUAGCAUAAGAGUUGUCUGUAGGGUUGAUGUAAAUUUCAAGAGGUGACAAAUAUUUGAGUGCUUACAGUUCUUAAACUGGACAUGUAAUAAUAAUUGGCCUUGUAUUUAUUGUAGUGUGUGUGUGUGUUUAUUGAUUUUGUUUCUGUUGCCCGUUUACAGAAAAGCAAAAUUGUUCAGAAAUCUUCCAGUUUAUUUUUUUUAAAACUAUGUUCUUACUGAUAGGGUAGCCAAUACUUCUUUACCUAUAUUUACCUAUAAUAUCAAGAGAGUUUUGAAUAAUUUUACAAAUAAUUAAAUCAGCCACCCAGAAAAAGGUUGGAAUUUAUUUUGACUAAAAGCAACAAAAUUUUUAUGUUACGUUGUUGAUUUUGUAGUUUUUUUUAAUUAUUCUUUUUAAUUGUAUUUUAGAGAACAAAUAUAUUCCUUAAAAUAUAUAUCC